AUGUCCGGCACAAGUUAUCUUUGUGAAAAAAUUGUGAUUGUUCAUUGGAUGUUGUUGAACACUUCUCUUCCAGUUGUGAGCUUGGUUCUGACCCUAUGGAGCCUACUUUUGUUAUUCACACACUCGACCUGUGCACAACUGUCAACACAUGGCCAUGCUGUUACUUUCUUCUUCCCUUCAGAUAAGAAUCUAUCCAUCCCAAACGAUGCUUUAUUUUGGACGACCAGAAAUACCUCGUCACGAGUUAACAUGGAUGCAUGUUCUUCCUCAAAUGGACACAUGAUGGACCAUGCACAUCCAAUGGAUUUCCAACACAUGCCAUACACAAGACAACCACUCAACUUACAAAAAGAGGAUCCACAGAAAUUGCAUUGCUUUCAAACUUUUCAACAAGUUGAGAACAGCCAACCACGUGCAUCCAUUAACCUCUUCAUGGGAAAGAAGAAUGAUGACUCUGCAACGAAUGAUGAUGGAAACCAUCCAUUCUGCUCACUUUCAAAUCCAUGUCAACAUAUUCAACAAGUACUUCAUGAAUUGGCAACAGUAAUGAACAGUUCAGAAUUAUUGCCAUUCAUUUCCAUGGAUCGGCAACGAGCAGUUAUAGUCUCUGUUCAAAUUACAAACGAUAUUGAAGCACAGGAUAUUAAUCAUGUACUGUUAACACCCGUAUAUUCUGGAUUGCAAUAUUAUUUUACAUUUUCGAGUUAUUCAUCAGAGAACAGAACAUUCAAAUUGAAUUUUAAUGAAUCCAAAAUUGAUUGGAGUCAAACUGAGCCUUUUUCAAUGAUAAUGUCCAGAUCAGACUUGGCAUGGAUGAUGUUCUUUCAUUUAAAUAUUGAGAAUAUUCCAUUCAUGUCAAGUGAUAUAUCUGGACUUGCAUUUUGCUCAUCUGUGAUCAACAAUGGUUAUGUCACAACCGAUUCCAAGAUGGAAUGGUUUAGUAUAGAGAAAUCAAUCGUCCAGAAUACUGAAUUCUAUAUUCGAAGUCCUGUGAAACUCGUUAUAAUCGAUACACAAUUUUCAAUUUUCAAUAUUCUCUAUUUCCAAAACAUGAGAUUGACCCUUCUUUCGAAUAUACUCUUACAAGACAGUCGAUUGCAAUUAACAGUCGACAAUAGUGAACAAUUAUUUCUCCAAUAUUCUCAAUUUAAUAAUUUCAAUUUAGAAUUUACAACAACAAAUAUUAAGGAAAUGUACAUGAGCUAUUCUAAUUUUAAAAACAGCACGAAUAAGAAUGGUAUAGUCACUUCGACACAUGGAGAAAUCUACAAGGUGCAAGGUUGUACUUUUCAAGAUUCAGGACCUUUUCUAUUUGUUCGAGCCUAUCUUAGAAUUGACUUGUUAUUGAACACAAUCACUGGCAACACCAUUCCAGAAACAUUCAGUCUCAAAUUGUUUUAUGGAGUGGUUACCAUUUUAAGUAGUGUUCAAGUCUAUAUCGAGUCGUGUUAUUUUAGAAAAAAUAGAGGAGUUGGACAAGCAUCCUCUCUCUAUGUUUCAGACGUGGAUCGAAUGACUUUGAAUGCAACGACAUUUAUGGAUGGAUUUAAUGGCAGUGCUGUCAUGUUAGAUAAUUACAAUACUCGAAAAAAUGAUUUCGCCUUUAACACUGUCAUUACGAACUGUUUAUUUGAGAAUCAAACAUGUGACUCGUUUGGAUGUGCAUUCAAUAUUGCCAAUUCAGCAGUGGAUGUCCAUGUCAUGAAUAGUGUUUUCAGAAAGAAUGUCGCUGCAUUGGGAGGAGGAGCCAUUUAUGUUGAAAUUGCGUUUUAUUUACGACUUUUGAAUUGUACCUUUGAUCAAAAUCAUGCAACAUAUUCAGGUCAAGUCAUCAUUUCCAAUGGUUUAAAACAAAAAGGUGCUGGUGGUGCUGUCAAUAUUUAUUCAAGUGUUGGUCCAACGACAACAAGUACGUUCAUACGAAAUUGUCGAUUUAUCAAGAACACGGCAAUGGUGGGUGGUGCAUUGUUUUAUGUCACUCGAGCGACGAAAAUCAUUGAAAAUUGUGAAUUUAAGGAAAAUGUUGCAUACAAGAAGGGUGGUGCAAUUUUUCAUUACAAUAGCCGUUUUACACAAACGAAUCUUCGAAAUGUGAAAUUUGAAAAUAAUCAGGCACUAUUGUUUGGAAAUGAUUACAUUUCAGACAUUACUCGUCUGUACUUGGAUCUUGGAGAUGAUGUCAGCAUGUUAGAAUUAACACCUGGAGAUUCUGUUCGAUUGAAUGGAACUGCACAUUCGUUGAACACAUCGGUUCCUCUCAAUUUGGAAACUAUAUUUAUCGAAUCAGUGUAUCCUCCUUUACACAUCAUAACCAAGCAGUACAGUGAUCAUUUAUACGUUUCAGCAUAUUAUCGAAUCACCAACAACUCUGAACAAGUUGAGCAUGGAAUUUUUAAUUCCACUUUAAGAACGGAAACCUCUCAUAAGGCCGAAUUUGUUCCAUUCAAAAUCCAUCCAUGCAAACAAGGAUAUCGAUUGGCAUUGGUGGAUGUGGAUGGAACUUCCUCUCUCUACUCUUGCCAAUACAAUCAGGAACUUCCCAUUACCAUCGUCUUGCUCGUUGUGCUUCCCAUUGUAUUUAUUGUUUUUGUGGUUGGAACUUGUAUUGGUGUGUUGUGUGGAGUGAAUAUUUGUAUUGACAUUCGAAAACGAUUGAAACGUCUCCGUGAAAAGGAGAAGGCAGAAUUGAGUGUGGAACAGAAAAUUAUUGACAAGGCCAUUGUCUUUAAUAUGGACAGUGAGGAAAAUGACACGACAUUUGCAAAUGACAAGUUUUAUUCGAAAAGCAAUAGUAAUGGUAGUAAUAAUGGUCGAAAUAGUAGUUCCAGUAAGAAGUCUCACAAAGAUGAACUUCGAUCUCCAUUAUUGAACUCCACGGCUGAUGCAUCGUUCUCGAUCGAAAUGGAAAAGAAACCCAUGUCAUUCCUAAUUCCAAUUACAGAUCUUAAUAUCAUUAAGAAAAUAGGAGAGGGUGGUAUUGGAACUGUUUAUUUAGGGAAAUGGAAGGAUCGACAUGUGGCCAUUAAAUCAUUGAAAGCUCGAAUCGAUGACGACCAUGAUGAGUUUGAAAAGGAAGUUUCUCUUCUUGCUUCAUUACGUCAUCCAUGUAUCCUUCAACUCUUUGGAGUUUCAGUUUCAAAAGAAAACAAAUUUAUGGUCACUGAGUAUUUAGAGAAUGGUUCUUUAGAGAGAAUUAUUUACAAUUGUAGAGUGGGAAAACAAUCCUUAUCCAUUCUUGACAAGUUGUCGAUCUUACAGGAUAUUGCAAGUGGAAUGGAUUAUUUACAUUCAUUGACUCCUGCCAUUGUUCAUCGAGAUUUGAAACCAGGGAACGUUCUUCUUGAUCGAGCGAAUCGAUGUAAAGUCUGUGACUUUGGUUUAUCAAGAACGAUAGGAACCUCUUCGUCUUACACAAUGACAAGAAAUGUCGGUACUCUAUUGUACAUGUCACCUGAAAUGAUCAGCGAAGAAGAAACCUUUGCAUCCUUAAAUGGAAUGGAUCGAAAAAGUGAAAAGGCUCUGAAAGCAACCAAAGUUGAUGUCUAUAGCUUUGGAAUUAUCAUGUGGGAAUUAUUCUUUGAAUUACCUCCAUAUACGGAGACGGAGAAGGUUGGACUUUCAUCGAUCAAAGCAACAGCAUCUAUUAAUAUUCUUACUUCUGUUUUGAAAGGAAAGAGACCUGCAAUACCAUUUACCAAUGAGGAUGAGUUGUCACAGUGGCUCAUUUUGUAUCCUCUGAUUGGAUUUAGACGUAAUAGCAUGUUACUUUCGGCCAUUCUGAAAUAUUUUGAUUUAACCAGAGAGUGUUGGAACGCUGAUGCAUUGCAACGACCUUCAUUUCACAGUAUCGUGAAAAGUCUGCAAGACAUUGAGCAACAAAUUAAAAAGAGCACAGAGCUCUAA